AUGUCCACGGAGCCUGAACUUAUUGAGCUGCGGGAGCUGGCACCCUCACAGCGUGCCGUCCCGGGCCGCACCCGCCUAGAGCGCGCCAACGCGCUGCGUAUAGCGCCCGGCACCACGCGCAACCCCGCAAAGCAGCCGGCCCCUGGCCGCGGCCACCGCUUCCAUCCUGCAGGGCCCACCACGCAUACAUGGUGCGACCUCUGCGGGGACUUCAUCUGGGGCGUCGUGCGCAAGGGUCUGCAGUGCGCGCACUGCAAGUUCACCUGCCACUACCGCUGUCGCGCACUCGUCUGUCUGGACUGCUGCGGACCCCGAGACCUGGACUGGGAGCCGGCGUUGGAGCGGGACACGAACGUGCUUUCUCCUCUCUUUCAGGAUGAACCUGUGGAGUGGGAGACACCUGACCUUUCUCAGGCUGAGAUUGAGCAGAAGAUCAAGGAAUACAACAGCCAGAUCAAUAGCAACCUCUUCAUGAGUUUGAACAAGGAUGGUUCAUAUACAGGCUUCAUAAAAGUUCAGCUAAAGCUUGUGCGUCCUGUCUCAGUGCCCUCCAGCAAGAAGCCACCCUCCCUGCAGGAUUGCCGGCGGAGUCCAGGACGGCCCACAGCUGUGAGGCGCCGAACUUCCUUCUACCUGCCUAAGGAUGCUAUUAAGCACCUACACGUGCUUUCACGCACACGGGCACGUGAGGUCAUUGAAGCCCUACUUCGCAAAUUCUUGGUGGUGGAUGACCCCCGUAAGUUUGCACUCUUUGAGCGGGCUGAGCGCCACAACCAAGUGUAUCUUCGGAAACUAUCGGAUGAUGAACAGCCCCUGCGGCUGCGGCUCCUCGCUGGGCCCAGUGAGAAGGCCUUGAGUUUUGUCCUAAAGGAGAAUGACUCUGGGGAGGUGAACUGGGAUGCCUUCAGCUUACCUGAACUUCACAACUUUCUGCGCAUCUUACAGCGAGAGGAAGAGGAACACCUUCGCCAGAUCCUCCAAAAGUACUCCUUUUGCCGCCAGAAGAUCCAGGAGGCUCUGCAUGCCUGCCCCUUGGGGUGA